AUUAGCAUGCAAUCGUUACCUCUUCAUGCGCCGAUCUAAAAGUAACUCUCUCUCUCUCUCUAAAACUCUCUCUUUCUCUCUCUAAAUCUCUCCUCCGUUACUCCGUCACGAGAAAGUACAAAUCACCUCAACCUCGCCGCCGCUGCCGUCGCCGUCAUCAUCACCACUUCAAAAGUAACUUUACUUUAAUCUCACUCAUAAACACGUGUUCACAAUAUCGCAAACUUUAAUCGCUUGAUUUUGCCGUUAUCAGUACUCUAUCAAUGAACCGAAAGCAGUGUCGUGAUUGUAGAACUUGAAUUUUGACGAUCGAGAGCUGCAUCUGCUGUUUCAGUGAUUGUAGAACUUAAUUUGAAGAUCGAGAGCUGCAUCUGGUGUUUGAGAACUCGAAAUUGACGAUCGAGAGCUGCAUCUGGUGUUAAUUGUUUAAAUGGAGAAGAAGAAGUAUCCGGUUGGAGCAGAGCACUAUGUGCUGUAUGAGGAGGUAGGGCAAGGUGUCAGCGCAUCAGUUUUUCGCGCCAAGUGUAUUCCGAACAAUGAAAUUGUUGCGAUUAAGAUUCUCGAUUUCGAACGCGGCAACAGCGAUCUGAACAACAUAUCACGUGAAGCUCAAACAAUGAUUCUGGUUGAUCAUCCGAAUGUGCUUAAAUCACAUUGCUCCUUUGUGAAUGACCAUAAUCUGUGGGUUGUCAUGCCGUUUAUGCCUGGUGGUUCUUGCCUUCAUAUAUUGAAAUCUGCCCAUCCUGACGGUUUUGAGGAAGUUGUUAUUGCAACUAUACUGCGUGAGGUAUUAAAGGCACUUGAGUAUCUUCAUGAUCAUGGCCUCAUUCAUCGAGAUGUCAAAGCUGGAAACAUUCUCAUUAGUGAGAAUGGGGCCAUCAAACUAGGAGAUCUUGGGGUUUCGGCUUGCCUAUUUGAUUCCGGUGAUAGACAACGCACGAGAAAUACAUUUGUUGGGACACCAUGCUGGAUGGCCCCUGAGGUUAUGGAACAGUUGCAUGGCUAUGAUUUCAAGGCUGAUAUCUGGUCCUUCGGAAUAACAGCUUUAGAACUUGCUCAUGGGCAUGCUCCCUUUUCAAAAUAUCCCCCAAUGAAGGUUUUGCUCAUGACCUUACAAAAUGCGCCUCCUGGUCUUGACUAUGAGAGGGACAAGAAGUUUUCUAAGUCUUUCAAGCAGAUGAUUGCAAGUUGUUUGGUUAAAGAUCCUUCAAAACGUCCUUCUGCUAAGAAGCUUCUGAAGCAUUCCUUUUUCAGACAAGCUAAAUCCAACGAGUUCAUAGCACGCAAGCUUUUGGAAGGUCUUCCAGCAAUUGGCGAUCGCCUUCAGGCAUUGAAGAAAAAGGAAGAAGAUAUGCUUGUGCAAAAGAAGAUACCGGAUGGAAAGAAGGAAGAAAUAUCACAGAACGAAUACAAAAGAGGGAUUAGCUGCUGGAACUUUGACCUCGAAGAUAUGAAAGCUCAGGCUUCCUUGGACGAGGAAUCUGUAUCUGACAAAGAUCACUUGGGGAACUCGAAUACUUUGAAUGGGAUCUGUGCUAGUGGAAGUGGACUCCCGCCUACAGAUGCGGGAUCUGCUCCAGUUGUUGACUCUAAUGCAUCAUCCUCUGUAGGCAAAUGCGAGAGUAAUGGACACAUGAGUGUGAAGAAUUCUUCUUCCCAUGCUGCAAACUGCAACAAGAAUGAUUUUGCUGGAAAACACAACUGGGAUAUUAGUAGAAAGUCGGUUGAUGGUGUUGGAUCUCAUUCGCACCAGGAGGAACCUUCUUCUCGAUGCGUUUCAGUUGAUGAUAGCAAAUUGCAAGGGGAAAUUCAUGUAGUCUCUAGACCUAAUGGAUCUCAUUCACAGCCGAUGGCAGAUACCGUGACAUCUGAAUCCAUCUCUAAACCUUCUAAAACAACAUUAACUAGUGAUGACCAAGAUGAGGAAUCAAAGUGCCAAGUUGUUCAACGGAAAGGGCGUUUUAAAGUUACUUCGGAGAAUGCUGACACCAAUAAGGUAGCUUCAUCUCCUGUACUGUUAAAGAGUCCGAGCAUGCGGUUACAAGUAACGAUUGAACAUCCAGCUGGCCCGCAACCGUCUCAAGGUGAUUCUACUGCAGUUCAAACUACUCAGCAAGCAAAUAAUCUUCAAGGGGAUGGCAUUUUGAGUUCCACAAAGCAACUCUCUACUGGCAAGUCUAUAGCCAAUAACAGCACAGACACGGGAUCUACAGCAGGCAACAUCACUGGACUAGAAAAAUCAAAGGUAGAUGCAAGUGAUGAUAGGGAAAAGGAGUUGCUCAAUGAGAUAAGCGAUUUACAUCGUAGGCUCUUAUGUGCACAGGAGGAACUGCAAAAAUACAAAGCUGGAAAUUGUCAAAAUGAAUGAGUCUUGUCGCAUCUUCAACCACCAGCUAAUUAUCAACCACAAGUUUUUCCAUGCAAGAUCAUAUAAGAAAUAAAAAAGGUUGAAGAAUUGUUGAUUGAUUCACAUAUACGUAAGUUUAGUUACUAACGGUUUAGGUUUGUGGCACACUUUAUUCUUUCCCCUUCUUCUAUGGUGUUUGUUUAUUUCAAUGUAAAUAUUAUUGAAUGCUUGCACAUGAUCUACUCUACGAUGAUACCGAAUCGCGGGUUGGGACCUUUGGGUAACACAUAACUUUAAACACUUGUGAAAAACA